GUGUGGGGACUACAACCUGAACCUCCUGCAUGAAUUUAAAGCUCAUAAUUACGCCGUAACGGAUAUCCUAGUCGUUGGCCACAACAUUUUCACCGCUUGUGCAGAUUGCACCUUCAGCAUAUGGGACGCCAAUACCUUCGAGUUCAAGAGAGGCAUCGAGGGCCAUGAGGAGAGCAUUAGGAAGAUAAAGACGGACGGCAAGAAUGUAUUUGCCGGAGAUGAUAAGGGAGAGGUCCGCGUGUACAGCUCGAACGGCGACUUUGCGAAAAUGGAUCGCGGUCUCCCCAAAACGGAGACCAAAGGCGAAAGUAAUAAGUUCACUGUGAUAAACAGUACAAGUGAGGGUAGAGCUCCACUUUAUGUUACUUCGGACACUUUAGCAUACCUGGACAGAACUGGUAUGGUGGUGUUGAUCCAUGACAACACGCCUAGUUCUCACCAACUAAAAGGUCAAUCAAGGUGGGGUCACGACCGCAUCGUCACGGCCCUAAGGGGCGUCGGGAAUUUCAUGGUCUCAGGGGGUUGGGGAAAACAACAAGGUCAAGCUGUGGAUGUGGCCAGCUUCAGGGAGCUCGGAUCUUCCGAUAUCCCCGGGCUGCGUCAACGGCUUGGCUGUGACCGAGGACAGGCUAGUAUUCGCCGGAGGGGCUGGGGGCUAUGUCUGCAAACUCAAGAUUUCAUGAAGAGUAUGCGUACUUCAAAAACAAUACCAAUGGGAAGUAAACGCCAUAGCCAUAGAAGGGAUAAAUGCCCGGGGAAACUGGUUGAACUUGCACCUAUAAAGAAAGGCGACGCUCUCUGA